GGAAGUGUACGUGACAGUUUGUUAGCUAGUUGUCGUGGAAACAAGCUAAAUGGAGGGAUUUUGAAGCUAGUUAAGGACAGUGUCGGUGUCGAGAAGAAGUCCAUAUCGACUGCCUACAUCUUUGCAUAAAUGAGCCAGUUUGCAAACUAGUUAAACCUAGCGAGAGUUAUCUGUAGCAAUACCUUGGCUUCAAACUGCAAAUUUAUUAUUGAGUCGCUAACUAACGUAGAUCGUACUCUGGCUGUGUGCGCGGGGAAGGGCCCUGAAGAGCUGGAAAAGUAAGUAUAAUCGACAACAUCAUGACCCAACAAGGAGCAGCGCUACAAACCUACAACAAUGAGCUUGUCAAGUGUAUCGAGGAGCUGUGCUCUAAGAGGGAUGAGUUGAACCGUCAGAUACAGCUGGAGGAGGAGGAGAAGGGUCGUCUACAACACGACAUUCGUGUCCUCACUGAGAAGCUAAGCCGCGUCAAUGAGAGCUUGGCCAGACGACUCACCGCCCGCGCUGACUUUGACCGCACCAUCGCUGAGACUGAGGCUGCCUAUAUGAAGAUUCUGGAGAGCUCUCAGACACUGCUGAGUGUACUAAAGAAGGAAGCGGGAAAUCUCGGCAAAGCCACUGAACCCAGAGGGAAAGACCACUGACGUCCAGACAACCUUCCCUCUCACCAUCACUAUCUUAUCUAGAACUGUUUGUAAUAUAUUUAUGUAAAAAUGUUUUGAAUAUCUAAUUCUGCUCUUUACUGGUGUACGUACUUAUUUUAUAUCAAUUGAAUUAUUUUAAUAAAGUUUGAAGAUUCCCUUCACAUUUGCCAUG